AUGUCGUCAUCUAAUCCAAAUUAUCGUCCAUAUUUUGGAUCAAUGAUGUCAUAUUCAUCUCAAGCACCCCCUUAUUAUUCUUCUACUCCAAUGGAAAAUGAAAAUGUUCCGCUUGUUGAACUUGAUGAAUUUCUUGAAUUUUCUACACAAGUGACUCUUGGUGCCAUGAGCAGUGGUCAAGGAGCCACUCCAAAUGCGGAGGAUUCAACUCCUGUUCGCCGAAAAAGCCCCAAAUGGACCACUGAUCAAAAUUUGGUUCUAAUGUCAGAAAAAGCCCCAAAUGAUGUAUUGGCAAAAGCACGUGAAUUAUAUUCAAGUGGUAAGAGUGGACAUUUCCUUCUAAUUCAUGUUGGAAAAAAUAUUGGAUCUGGAAGUAGUGGAUCUAAGAGAGUCCACGAAAGUGAUGCAAGUGAUUCCAACUCCGUAGGAUCUAGUGCUCGCCCAAUGGGGAGGGAUGCAGCUAAAAAAAGGGUCAAAAAAAGCAAGGGCGCAGCCUUGGAAUCGAUCAAUGAAGAGUGGAAUGAAUACAAACAAUUUAAGGAGAAAGAGUUGGAACGAUUGGACAAAAUAGCCAUGAGGCAAGAGGAGGCUAACCAAUUGUUGAAAGAAAAUAUUGAGGCUAAGAAGAUGAAGAUGUUUAUGAAGCUAAGUUCAAAGGACCAUCUCGAUGACCAGAGCAAAGAAUUGUUGGAAAAGUUGGGAAAAGAUCUGUUUGGAAAUUAA